AUGCAUCAGCUUGCUCUAAGUGCUGCCGGACGAGAGAAGUUAUCCAAGCUAUUCACAUUGAAUCCACAGUGGACUCAAGAGACUAAUCUAACCAGCACAGAUUUGCAGUACUUCUUCUCUAUUAUAUAUUCUCAAUUCCAAGGCGCCGUGCAGUAUAGUGGAGACAACAGAAAGGGAUAUGCUGAUGGUCAUGGUAUACCGGAUAUGUGCACCAUCAUGACCAACGAAAGUAACACUCCUAUCGAGAACAUCGCAAAAUUCAACGAGUACAUGACGAUUUUCUACUCGGUGAGAGCGCCUAUCAAGAUUUAAAC